AUGCCUCUCAAUAUCCCCCUUCGCAAGAAACUCUCCGCUGGAGAACCAGCCGCAGGUGCUUGGUUGACUCUUCCAAGCACGGCCAUUGCACGCACCAUAGCAAAUACGAAGAAUGUGUCAUGGGUCCUGAUUGACGGAGAACAUGGACUGAUCGAUGAGAGCCAUUUCUAUGAUCUCACAAAUGCUAUUGCAUCUAGCGGCGCAUCACCUUUGAUCCGCGUGCCAGCUGAAGAGGCUUGGUUGAUCAAGCGCGCGCUCGAUUCCGGUGCUCAUGGGUUAAUGGUUCCCAUGGCAAAUAGCACUGAAAUAGUUCGCAAGGUGGUUCAAGCAACCAAGUAUCCUCCCCAUGGCAUCCGCGGUAUAGGUCCCAUGUUCACACACGCAACUGGCCAACUAGGUGGAUCCUACAAGGAAAGUGCGAACGAGGAUCUUGUUAUUGCUGUCCAGAUUGAGCAUCCUAAUGCCGUGAAGGAAAUUGAAGACAUCGUCAAAGAAGAUAUUGAUGUCGCGUUUAUUGGUCCAUUUGACUUGGCUGUGUCCAUGGGCGUCGAAUUUGGUGGCGUCGAGCAUGAAGCCGCCAUCUCCAAGAUCCUUGAAGCAUGCAAGAAGGCGGGAAAAUCUGCUGCUAUCUUCUGUUUAACCGGAGAGCAAGCUGAGAAACGUUUCUCCCAAGGCUUCGACAUGGUCAGCGUCACGACUGAUAUAGAUACGAUCACAGACGGCUUCGCUGCUGCAUUGCAUGCUGCCACAGGACAGAACAACGCUUUCGCGGCCGCUGGCUCUGGGUAUAACUUGUAGAGUAGAUACUUAGACUCAACUCAGUGCUAGGGGCAAGGGGGUCCAUGUGCUGCGGCUGGCAAUGAUAUUCAUAAUUCAUAAGCCUCGUUCUUGACUGCCAGCCACCU